GUUGUCGGCGAGAUCAUGCAAGCAACAUGGCGACGUUCACUAAAUACGGCGACCAACUGAAAAAAAUAACGGAAGGCUGGUCAAAAUGGGAAAUAGCAUUAUGCGUUGGCGCGCCUAUUGCCUUGGGGCUUGCUGGUUUAUGGUAUUUUAGACGCAGCAAGAAACCCAAAACUUUAAAAGAAAGUGGCCAAGGAGAAGAUGCCAAAAAAGAAGUAACUAAGAAAACGUCAAAUGUUACGAAGAAAUCAGAGGUAGAGAUUAUGAAAUUACAUUGCUAAUAAUAGGAUUUUAAAAAUUUAUCUUUCAAAAAACGGUCAAUUCAACAAUCACUUUCUUAGUUUUGUUAAACAAUGCUUCUUUUACUUCUGAUUUAUAUAUUGUGUAAAGUCUGUUUAUUUAAUUGUUUACAUGACUUAUUUGACUCCAGCCACACGUUCUUGAACUUGACAUUCAAAAUCACUCAAGUCAAGUCACUGCCCUCAAAAUUCACCAUUCAAUUAGUAGGCCCAAUAAAUGCAUUUCAAAAUCGAGAUCAAAGUUUGUUGUUUGCAUAAAGUCAUAAAGGCCUAGUAAAUAUUUACAAUUUCACACUUUUCAGAUAAUAAAAUUUUAGCCUAAACUUUGCACAGACUCUUUUAUAGCCACUUCGAUGAGAUCCGGGAAUUGCCGAAAACCGGGUAUCAUGAUUUCGUUAUCAAAAUGGCGACCUCCACUUUUUAAUUUUCCGAGACCCUUGCUGUUUACGAUUUUUUUGCUAAUUAUAGCCCAGCAAGAACAUUCUAUUUCCGCCCACAACUUUGAGUAGACAUGUUGUUUUAUGAUUAGACACUUUUGUUCUAAAAAAUAUUUGAGGUCUUAACUUUGAAAAUUGAAGGUAAAAUAAUGCUUAUUUUACUCAUUCAUAUUUUUUUUCUGGAAAGGGUGUCUUUCUUAAAUAAAAAGACGACGGGAGAUAAUAGCAUAAAUUACAACAUAUCAAAAAUUCAAGAGGUUAGCACCAAGUUCAAUGGUCUAAAAAUGCCUACCAAAUUUUUGCCACGUGUGUCCCAAAAUGACCUAUUAUAGAUAACGAUUUUUAAUAAUAAAAAAAAAAGUAAAUAACUUUAUUUACAAUGGAAAUCCAGCUUAUUACUCCAAAAUAACUCAUUCAAAAAUAAAAACAAACACUUUAAUAACACAGAUACCUAUCUAAACAACAUAAAUAUAUUUUUUAAACUUGUUUUGAUGCUUUUAAUUGAAGGGUAUUGACUUGGGUAUUGGGUUAAACUGAAUUAUUAUUAGCCUCAUUUUUAUUAUAAUUAAUAUAUUAAAUAUAACAGUUUAAUAUAUAUACAGGCCUAGAAAAGUAUAGUAUUUUAAGUUUAGGCCUAGCUCCUGCCCAACUCAUUAUUUGUGUGACACAUUAUUUAUUUGUAAUAUUUUAAUGAAUAUUAUGAUUCUUAAUGAAUAGAUUAAGCAAAAAUGUAAACAAAAAAUAGUCACUUACCUUUCAUAUUGAAAUAUCCUAUAUUUAAUCACAUAUCACAAUAUUUCACAAGAGAAUUAUUACAUAAUCCUUGUAUUCUCAAAGAAAAAACACACUUUCUGCCACAAUAGUCCAAGAAUUACUUAAGAUAUUAUUAAUAAUAUUAAAGAACAAUCAUAAAAACUUAUACUUACCACAAGCAAAUGACUAGAACUUAUUUUAGUUUGUAUAAACCACCAAAGUUGAUUCUAUCAAUGCAUGUUUAUUUGUGAAAUAAGAUUUCUAACUUGUAAAAAAAUGACAUACUAUUUUUUUGUCAUAUUCAGACACUCAUAUGAUAUGGGACUAAAAUACAUAUAUAGAAAAUGGUAAAAUAAAAAGUGUAAUCGUAAAUUUUAACUAAAUGAAACAAGUAAUCCCUUUAUUAGUUUAUACUUAUAAAUGUUAAACAAUUCCACAGAAAAUUUGAAAUUUACAUCUAAAGAAUAUUAUUAUUAUUAUGAUUCUAGGGAAAUUUUUAAAAAAAUAUUUAAACAAAAUUAAUUAAUUAAUUUCAAAUAAGUGACGAGUCAGCAUAUUUAUACAUGUUUUAAAAGGAAAAAAUCAAGAUUUUUUUUUUAAUUUUUGCAGAAUAUUAACAAAAACUAACUUAUAUUUUGUGGCUUUAUUUAGAAGUACUCUUAUUGAACUAUGUUCCCUGUAAAUAUAUUUUUGUCUCAUUUUACAAUAAAGUUAUAGGCAUUCAAAAAAAAAGCAAAUUGAGGGUCACGAAAUGUGGAGGAAAAUCCCAUAGCAAAAAAAGUGCCUUUGAGGUCCCUACUAAAAAAAUCAUAACUUUUGAACCACUUGAGCUAGAAAGUUGAUCUUGGUGUUUUUGAAAUCUAUUCUCCAGGCUCUAUACAGCUGUAGUGUUUUUAUAUUUUUAAAAAUGUUUUGAAAUUUUAAUCAAAGUGCCUACUCUUUUAAGUCUGAGACUACAAAGCUUAUUAGGUACUUAACAGUAUGAGUUUUGAUUUGACAAGGGUCGUCUCACCAUAGGUCAUUUUGGGAAGUCCCAAUAGUCUACUUAGGAUAGCUCAAUAGUUGGACCUGAAAUAUGUCACACUACUUCAACUAUUUGUAUUAAUAAUAAUUUCCCAUACUUCAGGGAGCAUUCAUUAUUCACAUAAUAAACUGAAAAUGGUUCAGAUGACAGGGACAGAAGCUGGUAUACCCCCCCCCCCCCCCCCCCCACCCCCCCCUACACCACCCUCCCCCUCGAACUCUCUAUUCAUGAACCCUCCCCCAUAGGGGACAGGCUGUGAGGCGGCACCCCCAAGAUGUUUCAUCUUAGUGGCGAAACAUCUAGCUAUCUCAGUAACGGCAAAGGGGUAGCUUCCCUUAAAUUAAACACAUGGUAAUGAGUGGAUUUCUUACUGUGGAUCACCAUGACAUCCCACGGUACCCUUGUAGCAAAAUGUGAUUCUAUUAUUUUGGCUGACGCAGAUAGGGAUCUUCACUGGCACCUUUUUGCUGUAUACCACAUAGAUCCUAGUGUUAAGUUUCUAAAGUGAUACUGGCAAUUCCUGGUCUCAUCAUAAACUAAAUCUCUUAAUCAUUAAAGUUUAGAUGAAAUCCAUUCCUUUUUUAAAAAUUCAACUUACAAGGUUCAAAAGAAAUUGAAACAAAGUAACUCAUCCUUGCUAAAACACCAUGACCAUUGGUGAAAAAGCACCCAUUAGCUAAAAAUGUUGCCUUCUGGUUGAAAAAAAUGAAGUACCAGUAUGGUAUUCAUUUCAAUCAUGCUACCGUUUCACAGUACAUUUCAAAUAUAAUUUUCUGAAGUGGGGAAAAAAAUAAAUAUGGAAACAAAAGUGUUGUGGGUUGAGAGAAUCUUGUACAGUAUCUAUGUAGAGAGUUCAAAAUCCAAAUCUUUUAAAAAUACAGGACUAAACUUCGGGAACCUCUAUGACCUAUAUGCUGUGAAAGAAAUUAACAGCUAUACCAUUGAAUACACCCUAGCCAUAUGAUUCUGUAUGACUGAAAUUUCGUCAGUGCUAAAGUAAAAUCACUUCUUUUCUAAAAAGAAAUUGGUAGGCCUAGGCCUAAAUUUUGUUACCGGUACCAAUAUUAAUUAUUUUAACCCCAAACAUGAUGAAAAUAAAAGAGACAUGUCUUGGCACUUGUUGGUAGUAGGUCAUUGGAACUGAAAUGAACUAUGAAGUGCUUUUAACAGGUAUUUUGCAGUGAAAAAUUCACUUGUUUUUAGCAAGUAUCACAAUAUUUUUACAUUCAUAUAAGCCUAAUAAAGGACAUUUUACUUUAAAGUUUCUUUUAAUUUAUUAGUGGGAGUGGGGAGAAUAAUUGUAAGUUAUUUCAAAAAGAUAUGCCAUAUGCAUAAUUAGUUUUAUAAAUAUCUUAAUCAAGUAAACAAAAUUUUGAAAAAGCUUACUUAUUACAAAGCUUACUUAUUACAAUAGUAAUAGCUUUCUAAUGAUUAAACAAACAAAAAAUGGUAAAAUCAUACUUAAAAGCAGAGGGUCCAUAUUAAAAUGAUUUAUAAGUUGAGUUCAUAAAGAAUACAAUUCUCCUCUGAAUUUAAAAAUAACUACUCAUCAAAAAAAAAUAUUGCAGGCACCAAUACUAGAACAAGGGACAGGGAAGCAAACUGAGUAUAUUAUAAAAUUUAAACUAUUGAUUUUAUCAGCCUGCAUAGUAAGAUUUCAAUACAUGUAUUCAUUUGGCCCACUGUAUUAAUAUGUGUGAUGUGAAUUUCUUUGAUGAAACCUUGAUGACUCCUUUUGGUAUAAGUGAAUGAUUUGCAUUCGAAGUGGUUAUAUGCAGCCGACUGCGUAUAACCCUGAGAGUUAUACGCAGUCGGCAAGUCACGUGAGGUCUAAAUACUACCUUUGUUACAGUAUCAAUCGAUAAAGGUGUCACGUUAUCAGGGUGACUAGGUGGUCGAAUGGUGUAAACUGAGCAAACCUCAAGUUCGUGGUCCUGAGUUCAAUUCCAGCCAAAGGCCAGUCAAGAAUGCACAAUACGUGUUAGUUGUUAUGUUUGUUGUGGACAAUGAACCAAAAACAGCUACCCAUAUUGUCUUACUUUUAUUUUGGCUAAACAUGAUAAGAAUUAACUUGACCAAUGUAAUGUUAAUAAUGUUAUUCUUAUACUUAUAAUUAUCAUAAUAUAUGUUCGUGUUGUUAAUAUAUAUUUUGUGGUGUUAACUAAUUUUGUUUCUCUGGUACAGUAAUUAUAAUGGGGUGGAGAGUAGAAAAAAAUAGCUGUAGGGGCAGGGGGGUCUGUAGAGGGGGCACUGUAAGUAACACUUUCACACAGUUAUAGUUUUGCAUGGAAGCUGAAAACUGUUAAAUUUAGGUCAACAAAAAAAAAAAUCAUAAAUGAUAUAAUUUUUAAAAAGUAAAUAGAAUGUACUUCCUGAAUUAGUCAGUAAAACCAACCACAUGGUCAUAACAACAUAUAAAAACCUAAUCAAUCAAAAUACAGAACUAGACUUAAACCAUGGAAAUGCCUUAAGGCAUAAUCAUCCUCUCAGUCUUAGACUCUAAGAAAUUUAGACCUUGACUUAUAAUAUAAGCAAUAAUACUAAUAAUAGCACUAAAACUAUUACUAUCAUUCAAUAUUUAUUAAAAUUAAUUCAAAUAAAAUUUUUACUUUAAACACAUUAAAAGUUAUAGUUCAAAACAACCAAUAAUGCAGCUAAUUACGCAUAAUACUUUUUUUAGAAAUUGCCAUACUAGCAGUAAUAAACCUUAUUUGGCUAAAUUCCCAGCCGACAACGUAUAACCCUGAAAGUUAUACGCAGUCGGCUGAGAAUAACUCAGGGUUAUGCGCAGCCGACUGCGUAUAACGCUUCCCAUUUGCAUUAAUUUGUGUCUAUUUUUAGAUGAACUUGUAACUCUUGUAGUUAGUGCAUCAAUCAAUGUUAUGGCAAUAUCUUAGGUACUUUCAUCACAGAUCACCAAGUCUAAAAACAUUAUCAGAAAAAAUUCUUAUUUCAACGUUAAUAGAUUACUUAUUUAUUUAUUUAAAAAAAAAAAUUUUUUUAUUGUAAUGAAUUACAUUUUAGGGUUAGAUAUUAAUUUAAAAUUUUAAAAAAAUUGCACAAAAAAAAAAAAUUUUUUAAACUUAAAUCUAGAAAUACAAUGAUUAUUUAAAAUGAUUACCUCAAAGUGACUUGAGGUGCUCUAAACUUAAUAACUCCUUUAAAUGUCAUAAGCCAGAGUAAAUAGUGUUUUCUAGGAGUUAACAAUUGGUGUCAUGAUGUCAUCUAUUUGGAAACAUGGAGUCAUGUACAGACUUUUGUAACAUGUAACUAUAACAUUUAUGUUUAUGUCUCAUCCUACUAAUGUGUACAUCCUUAUUUCACAGAGUCGCCAAGAUCUUGCUCAAGCUGCUAAAAACAAAGGGAACAAAUGCUUUAAAGAUGGUUUGUAUGAUGAAGCAAUUGUUUGCUACACAGAGGCCAUCAAGACCUGCCCACCUGACAUCAAAUCUGAUAUUUCCACAUUUUAUCAGAACAGGGCAGCUGCAUAUGAGAACCAGGUCAGUACAUGAGAACCAUGUCAGUAUAAGAGCAUUCAGUCGUAAAGAUCAGUUUGUUUGUUGAACACAUUGAAUACUUCAACAUUUCCUGAUGUUAAAAAUCAAUCAACUAUUUAAUAACUUAAAGAUAAUAAGAACAUUAUUGACAAUUCCUGUAAGCUACAUAAAUUUAAGGUUUAGAGUCCACUCUCACCCCUUAUAGAUUUAAUCAAGUGACCUUUGUCUUUGUGUUUUUAAAUCCUUUAUAUUAACUUUGCUUUUGUUCAUGUGUUUCUGUGUUUAAGAAGUUUACCCAUUUACAUAACUGCUUCUUAAUAAAUUAAUAAAUCAUGUUUCAUUACAAAAAAUGCAAACAAAAAUGCAUAUAAAGGAUUUAUAUGAAAAACUUUGUUUUCAGGGGUUCUUUAAUUACUUCUUAUAAAAACUUUCAGCAUUUAGUUCUAAUUAUUCCACUUUUGUCAGGCAUUUUUCCUCUUUCUCUUCCUGUGAUAGAAAAAAUAUGAAAGCGUUAUUCAAGAUUGUACUUCUGCGCUACAAUUAAAUCCUAAAUAUUCUAAAGCUCUUGCAAGACGAUCCAAGGCUUAUGAAGUUUUAGGAAAAUACAGAGAAGCAUUAGAAGGUAAGUUUUACAGUAUAAAAGAAAUCUUGAGUUUAGCCUCUUGCUUUUAUAUGAACCAUAAAUGUCAAGUCAUCAACAAGGAUUUACUUGUCAUGAUUUAAAGUGGUUUCUAUGACAUAAACAUAUUUUAAAUAGUCAAUUAUACUAUUUAAUUCUGAUAGAAGGGCAAAUAUUUAAAAAACCAUUGUGGUAUAUUGCAUUAAUUAAGUCAACAUUAUGCAUAUUUGAGGCCAAUGUUUUUAGCAUUUUGAAUAGAUUGUCAUGACUUUAACUCUAAUCUGAUUUUAUUAUAUAAACAACAUUUCAGAUAUAACCAAAGCAUGUCUCAUUGAAGGCUUCCAGAAUGCAGCAUUUUUGCAGGCUGCUGAUAGGGUGCUGAAAACUCUUGGCAAGUUCAAGGCCACAGAGGCUUACAAGGUACUGUGCUCAACUGCAUUAUUUAUCUUCAGAUAGGAAUUUAAAUAUUCCCUUUGAUAUUCCUUUUACAAGAUAAUCUUCGCUGACUUGUAUACAUUUAAUUAAACACAUACUUAAUCAUAACAAUUUUGUUCGAAUUAAGAAUUCACAAAAUGUAUGUAUUCAUCAAUAUUCCAUUUUCUUAUUAUAGUAAUUUUAAACACAUUUUUAGAUUGGUUUCCUUGUUUACUGUGAUGUUGCUAAUAACUGACCAUUCCUGGGACAUCCACAGUCUAAGAAACCGACCCGUCCAUCAAAGUUCUAUGUUGAGAACUACCUAGCAGGAUUUGUCAAUGACCCAGUUGCUCUCAAGUUUGUCCCACGUAAGAGAAAGGAAGAGCUGGAAGGUUUAGGGGUCAAAAUUAAACCAGAUCUUGAGAAGAUAGGAGAUAAUGGUAGUGUAAUUGGAGAUAAACUAAGGUAAAUGAAAAUGAUUUGUAGUAAUGAAGUGAUUAAAUAUUGUAAUUUAAAAAAACAAAAGUCUUUUUUCUAAAAGUCUUGUAUUAUGUAAGUCUUCUCAAAAGCAAAAGUAAUGCAUUUUUUAAAUAUAAAAUGCUGUCAUGUAUAAUAUGACAUGCCUGUUUCAGAUAUAGACUAUUAAACAGCACUUCUAUUGGUUUUACUUUCUGCAUUAAAUUUAUUUUGAUAUCGUCCCUUAAUCUCCAGCUUGCUACAAAUCAUUGAUACUUCUACUUAUGUGAGAUGAAUAAAAACUCUUUUCAUUUUUACAGCGCAUUUGACAAAGCAAGAAACUGUCUGAUAAGCCAAGAUUAUGAAAAGAUAAUUCCCUUGUGUGACGAGGAACUGGCUAAAGAGGCCAAUUCGUCUCAUGUCAUGGAGGCUCUUCUACUCAGGGGCACGAUGCGUCUCCUUCAGGGCAUCACUACUGGAGCACUUGCCGACCUGACGCGUGUGGGAAGUACAGAAGGUGCUGACAGCACGGUGAGCAAAACAGCUGACAUAUCUACCCUUGUGUUAUAAAGUAGGGAUGAAUUAAAUUUUUUAAUUAUUUUUUUAUACCCUAACAUGGCUGAUCAUUGGUCAUUAUUGGUGUCAAAAUCAUCUUUAAAAAUGCAAAUUAUUUAAUGCAUUUUGUUUAAAUGGAAAUCACUCUAUGUAAAUGAGUUGGAUUCCUGUUUAAUUUUAUAUCAGUGUGUGCCUGUGCUUUUAUUAGGGCUUUUUUUGUGAUUAAUCAGGUGUGACAUUUGACUGUCAUAAUGUCUGAUGAUGGAGAAGGCCCUCUCUAGAUUGCAAAAUGACACAGACUUUUCUUAUUGGAACUAUUUCAAAUGGACUAAAAUAAAAGAAAUUAUUUCAGAGAUAUUCCGCUUGCUGGUAAUGACAGGCUUAGCUCUAGCGUUGAUGAUGCCAUGAGAGUCAGAUAUGACAAGUUUAGCCCUAAAUUUAGUCAUAUUAUUACAAAUUGUUUGGGAAAGUGUGGACAUUGAACAGAAAAGACAAAGAUUGGAUCCCAAAGACCUACCCUAAAGAAUUGAAAGACAUUUAUUUUUGUAUAUAUUCUUGAGUUUUAAUUUAAAAAAAUAUUCUAGCUUUAAUAACUUUCAAUUGAAAGGAACUUUUCAAAUUAUUUUGUGCUUUUCCCCUUGUAUUUUCUGUGAAAGAAAUUUGAAGGUAGCGAGUGAACAAAAUUACCAGUAUUACAAUUUUCAAUAUAAGCACCUAUAACUUGACAUUUUCUUAAAGAAUAUUGCAUCUAGUAUCACAAAAACGUGAUAGUUUGAACAAUUUAUGGAGUAUUUAGGUAGGUUGAAUUCAGAAGUUGGGUACUAAAAUUCUCUCCCUCUGUAAAAGUCGAGAUCAAUAUCAACAUACAUUAUAUAAAAACAAUUUUUUUUUAAUAACAUAAGAUACCUUUUCCAAUGUACUUUCAGUAAAUGUGUUUCUGAAUUCAUUUAGUCUAGGAUUUUGGCAUUUUUUGACCAAGCAUAAGAAAUUGCUAAAAAUGGCUCGACACUACAGAAAUGUGCACUACAGGAUUAAAGCAGGUUCUAAAAGGGUCUUCUCCUUAAUCUUAUGAUUAUAGUAACAAACCGACAUCUAAUUUGAUACAGCAAAGAAACACUUAUCAAUGGAAACAUUUUUACCCUUAAAUUAUCUGGAAAUAUUUGCCACCAUUUUAGUAUAUGACUUAUUUUCAACUCCUCCAAUUACAGCUGAGAGCCACUGCCUUGAUCCGGGAAGGAAGUUUACGCAUGCAGAGGGAAUCCUCUGAUGAAGCUCUUUCAUGUUUUACCAAAGCUGAGAAGCUAGAUAAUGAUAACUCUGAUGUCUACCAUCAUCAUGGCCAGGUACUGUGCUAAUGUCCCUAUAACAGACCUGUUUACCCUCAAACUCUUAAAAUUGUACAAUAUCAUCACAAAAUCGUUCAAUACAUUAUCUUAAUAGUAAACAAAUAAACAUUCAGUAUAUAUAAUGUAUACACCUCAAAAUCGUAAAUUGUACGUCAAAAUCGUAAGAGUAAACAGGUCUGCUAUACAACAAUAAAAUUAUUAGAUUUGUAUUUGUCCCAAAAGUUGCUAAUUUCAAAUUGGCACACCAUAAUUUUUUUUUAUUUUAUUAUUUUAUCGAAUUCCAUUGAUCUGAUACAAGGUACACACAGCACAGUUAGCAACAUUUUUGUUAAUUUUCUAAUAUUUUAAACAAAACUAGUUAAUUUGCUUAUUUCUUUCUCCUUUAGCAACUUCUGCAACUAGAGAAAUUAGAUGAAGCCAUUACUAAGUUUGAUAAGAGCAUUCAACUGUCACCAAACUUUCCCACUUCCUACGUUCAAAAAUAUUACGCAGGUAAGCUUGCAGGUGUUGUACUUUGACAAUCUCUGGCUAUUUGAACUGAUUAAACAAAUAAAACUGGCCGAGAUCAGAUGUCUCUGAAACAUUAUGUGGUUGAAGUUGUCUAAAGAACUACUGAUAGAUUUAUGCAUAAUACUAUUUCUUCUUGAAUAUCAUCUCUUAGCACCUCUAACGCUAAUGUGCUGACCAAAGAUUUCUCAUCAUGUUGAUAUAUUUGACUCUGUCUCUGUCACAAGGGUGUUAUUGUUAUUCAGGUCCCUUUCAUUGUUAGUCCAUGUUGGUGCUAUUCCAUGUUUGUUAUGCUGGUGUUUUGUCCUGUCAUUGUUAGUCCAUGUUGGUCAUGCUGGUGUUUUGUUCUAUAUUGCACAAUCAAAUUUAAGCGAGAAAAUCAAUACAAAUUUUGAGGUUUUAAUUAUGCUAACCUGUGUGUCUCUCUUUUAAGAAUUUCACUGUUGUAAAACUUUUGUCUAACUUUUUUAAUCUGGAUGGGCAUGUCAGUGCUAUAGAAUUAGUAUAAAAUUAUUCAUUUGUAUAAAAUUGAACAACCAGCCUGGUGAUUAUUACACUUGGGGGAUUUUUGAUUAUUUAUUAUUGAUUAUUACAUAAAGCACUUUUAGAAGGCUAGACACAUAGCCUGGUGAUUAUUACUAAUAGCAUUUUUGGGAUUAAUGGUGAUUAUUACUAAAGACACUUUUAGAAAGCUAGACUCAUGGCCUGGUGAUUUUAAUGUAAAUGUUAGAAACUUGGUUUCUUAAUGUAAAAAAAAAAAAGAAAAUUUAACUUGGGAAAUUUUAAAAUAAAUGGGCCUACAUGUAAAAAUGAUUGAACCAACAAAUGAAUAUACAACUAUGAAACAUAUCGUUCUAACUCCAGUUCACAGGAAGGCCAUUGUCAAUGAAAACCUGACUUAUUUGACUGAAGCUAAAACAGGAUUUGAGAAAACUAUUGCAAAGUUUCCAGACUGUAGUGAUGCUUUAAUCCUCUAUGCCCAGGUAAAGGAUUAUGUUGGUCAAUCAGCUUUUAGCACCCUACUUUAUGAAUUUGUAGCAGAUGAUGCUGUAAGUGUCCUGCUAACAAUAAAUAAUAUACGAAUAACUUCAAUUUAAAUUAUUUUAUUUGAGCCAAUAUUAGAAAACCGUACUUUUUUAAAAAGGUUCUUCAGUUGAUUGAGGAGUAGAGUUGAGAAAGUACUCAGGAUAUUGUAUCUUUGUCACUUUUAGUCUGUUUGCUAUGAAAACAAUUCUAUUGGAACUGGUGUUGUUAUGAACUGAGAAACUAAUCCCAUAGAUGGAUUGUUUGUUUUUAUAUCUUUGGAGAAAAGUAGCGAAAUGUCAUUGAAGAAAAUAUUAGCAGUCUGGUCUAAAACCUAUUGAAACAUUUCCAUCGGCAGUAUAUGGCUUACAGCACACAUGUCAUACCUAUCACAACGGUAUAAAUAAAAUAAGUAAUGUUUAAAAUACAAGUUAAAGCUCAUACUUUAAAAAUAAAAGUUUUUUAUUGUUUGAGAUCUAAGUCUGAAUAAUUGUUAAACUGUUGGUCAUUAUGUACCCAUUAUGUUGGGUGCAGUCCUGUUAAGAAUGCAACAUUCAGUUGUUUAUAAUCCUACUUCUUGUGUGUUUCCUAAAUCCCAUGGUUUUCAUAUCUAACUUUAUCCCAUGUGUUUCCUAACACUAGCUAACUUUAUCCCAUGCGUUUCCUAACACUAGCUAACUUUAUCCCAUGCGUUUCCUAACACUAGCUAACUUUAUCCCAUGUGUUUCCUAACACUAGCUAACUUUAUCCCAUGUGUUUCCUAACACUAGCUAACUUUAUCCCAUGCAUUUCCUAACACUAGCUAACUUUAUCCCAUGUGUUUCCUAACACUAGCUAACUUUAUCCCAUGUGUUUCCUAACACUAGCUAACUUUAUCCCAUGUGUUUCCUAACACUAGCUAACUUUAUCCCAUGCUUUUCCUAACACUAGCUAACUUUAUCCCAUGUGUUUCCUAACACUAGCUAACUUUAUCCCAUGUGUUUCCUAACACUAGCUAACUUUAUCCCAUGUGUUUCCUAACACUAGCUAACUUUAUCCCAUGUGUUUCCUAACACUAGCUAACUUUAUCCCAUGUGUUUCCCAGGCUUUAAGUGAUCAAGGAAAGUUUGAAGAAGCUGAGAAAUAUUUCAAGAAAGCCCAAGAAGUACAGCCACGGAAUGCAAACAAUAUUGUACACCGUGGGUAAGUUUUAGACGGCUGUAUCAAAUCGAAGUCAUUGAGUGAUGACAGUCUUUAUGACUGUGAGGACAGUCUUUAUGACUGUGAGGACAGGCUUUAUGACUGUGAGGACAGGCUUUAUGACUGUGAGGACAGGCUUUAUGACUGUGAGGACAGGCUUUAUGACUGAGGACAGGCUUUAUGACUGUGAGGACAGGCUUUAUGACUGUGAGGACAGUCUUUAUGACUGUGAGGACAGUCUUUAUGACUGUGAGGACAGUCUUUAUGACUGUGAGGACAGUCUUUAUGACUGUGAGGACAGUCUUUAUGACUGUGAGGACAGUCUUUAUGACUGUGAGGACAGGCUUUAUGACUGUGAGGACAGGCUUUAUGACUGAGGACAGGCUUUAUGACUGUGAGGACAGGCUUUAUGACUGUGAGGACAGGCUUUAUGACUGUGAGGACAGGCUUUAUGAGAGAACAUCUUGAGCUGUGUUACACCAGUGUGGCAUCAAAGUCAUCUCUGUCUGUGAGGACAGUCUUUAUUAAAGAACCUAUUGAGCCCUGUUACCAGUGUGGCAUGUUUUUGCUGGAAAGUCUGUGUUUGCCACAAUGUGCCACAAUGGAAUUGUUUAACAAAUAUGACUCUACAAGCGUGAAUUCAUUAUCCUGGCUUAGCUAGAUUUUGUAAGAUAAUACAAAUGAGGUUUCAACAUGGCUGACAACAGUCAGUUUAUAAAUUUUUAUAUUGUUUUAACAACCUUUAUACAAAAUAUUGAGAACUAAUUCUGAGGAAAUGGUAUGAAAUUAUUGUUUUAAAAAUAACUUUUUUUUUAUAGAUAUGACUAUCUUGAGUUACUGUGUGACUAUAUAAAAUGCUAUAUCUGAUAAAGUCAAUCCAUGUACACAUGCAUAGGUUGAUGAUGUUGCAAUGGGAAGGAAAAGUAGAGAAAACUAUUGAACUCCUUGAAGAAGCCCUGAAGAUAGACCCUACCUGCCAGUAUGCUUAUGAAAUUAGAGGAACUAUAGAAGUGCAGAGGUAAACAGUUUAUUGAAUCUUUAUGUAGACUGCCAACAUCAUCUAUUUAACUUAGUACAUGAUUCUUUUUAUCAGUUCUCAUAUAAAGCACAUAACUAAUAUAAAUGUAGAUUUUUGCUAAACAUCUCAUUUCUCAAUAGAUCUUUGCAACACAAUUCGGAUACACACAUAGAUCUUAGCUAAAGUCAGGUAUCCAUAGAUCUUUGAAACAAAAGUCAGGUAUCCAUAGAUCUUUGCUACACAACUCAUGUUACACAAGUGAAGUGGCUAUGAUUCUCUUAGUACAACUCAUACAACAAAUGUUCAUUUGACUAAUUACAGUAAAAUGUUACAUUAAGAAAUGGCGUCAACGGGCCGUCAAGCUUGUGCUCUUUAUGCCCUCCCCAACCUGGUAUCGGGCCGCAGAGCGGCGGAUCGGGGAUGACCCUUUGUCAGGACAGCCCCCACCCGAGUCUGCUCGACCAGGGUCUCCGCCGGGACCGUCCUAACCCAAAGACACCCGGUCGGUCCGACACUGUGUUCGCACACAGUGCACACGAUCGACUUUCUCAUGAGUCAGGAUGGAAAAAUUUACGUUCUAAUAUCUUCCCCCUCCCAUCCUGGGGAAGCGUUAGAUGCCCUAUAAGAGGGAUUCUACAGUGGGUUUCCACAACACAACUAAUUCGCAAUGUAGCUUCUGAGGGCUAGAGGUUACCACCUUUGCCUCUCGCCUCAUAUCCAUUAACGGCAACUUUAAUCAUGAUCCCUACCCUGUCACUGCCUAUUUUUCCAGUUUGGAAGUAUCACAACUGGCAGCCCUGUAGAAGCUGUUUUAUGUAAGGCAGGUACUGAGCACAUCCCUUGUCUACCCACGCAGAACGCGCCCAGUAGUUGUGUUCCCCGGGUAACGCCUAGGGGUUGGGUGGCCGACGCUUCCUAAUCGACAAGCCACCACAGACUUGUCAACCGAAGAACUGGAAAGACUAAUUAAAGUGAAAUAAUUCUAUUGUUCAAUGUUAAAAUACUUGUCAUUGAAAAACCUCUGCCACCUGAGAAGUGACUUUUUUUUAAAGCAACCAAUUCUCAGAAAGAAAUGAUUUAGAGAGAAUAUUGACCAUAGAUCAGAGAGAAAACUCUUCCAGUACUCUAUUAAUGUUGUUUGAUCUUUUCAGAGGAAAUUUGACUGAAGCUGUGAACGCUUUCAAGAAAGCCAUUGACUUGUCCAACUCUGAAGGGGAAAUGGCUCAUCUGUUUUCACUUAUGGAGGCUGCAGAAGUCCAGGUAAUGCAUUGGUUAUAACAUGACCUCAUGUUACAACAAUCAAAGGGUCUAAGUCAAUGCACAGAAAAGAGCAGAGUUUUGAACUCAAGCAGACCUGUUUACUCUUUUAUUUUAGCAUACAAUGUACGAUUUUGAGAUGUCUUACGAUUGCACGCCGAGACCCGUCGCAACUACGAUUUUAAGAGACCGGGUUGAAAAUAUAUACAUUCCUAAAAUUUUUUUCAGAUUUAAAAAAUAAUAAUAAUUAAAAAGUUUAUCUUUGGUUGUUAGUUUUAACUUGCAUUUGCAUUCCACAUCCAGCAGUGAAUGAAUCAAGAAAUACAAUUGGUUGUGGACCAUCUAUAAUUAUAUUACAUUUUCCCCGAAAGGGUAAUGGCGUGUAGUUGAUUUAGGAGAUUUUGUGUAAAAGGGGGGGGGUUCCAAAUAUUUAAUUCUAUACAAAUUAACACCCUCAUAUUUUCGUAAUGACAGAANACAUCAUAAUUCUAUAAAGAUUAUUGGAGUAAUGUAACAUCAUAAUUCUAUAAAGAUUAUUGGAGUAAUGUAACAUCAUAAUUCUAUAAAGAUUAUUGGAGUAAUGUAACAUCAUAAUUCUAUAAAGAUUAUUGGAGUAAUGUAACAUCAUAAUUCUAUAAAGAUUAUUGGAGUAAUGUAACAUCAUAAUUCUAUAAAGAUUAUUGGAGUAAUGUAACAUCAUAAUUCUAUAAAGAUUAUUGGAGUAAUGUAACAUCAUAAUUCUAUAAAGAUUAUUGGAGUAAUGUAACAUCAUAAUUCUAUAAAGAUUAUUGGAGUAAUGUAACAUCAUAAUUCUAUAAAGAUUAUUGGAGUAAUGUAACAUCAUAAUUCUAUAAAGAUUAUUGGAGUAAUGUAACAUCAUAAUUCUAUAAAGAUUAUUGGAGUAAUGUAACAUCAUAAUUCUAUAAAGAUUAUUGGAGUAAUGUAACAUCAUAAUUCUAUAAAGAUUAUUGGAGUAAUGUAACAUCAUAAUUCUAUAAAGAUUAUUGGAGUAAUGUAACAUCAUAAUUCUGUAAAGAUUAUUGGAUGAUUUUGUUUGGGUUUUUGGGUCUGUCAUCUACUUUUUAUCUUCAUUUCCCUAAUUUUGAGGCAAGGUUAACUUGAUCCUGUUAGAGGUAUGAUGCCAGUAGUUAUUCGUCAUUAUGUACUGUAUGUUUGUUAUUGUACAAAGCAACGGUGCUAAAUUAAUUAGAAUAAUCUUGUGGAUGUAAAGAUAUAUUUUUUUUUAAAAAUUGACUUCUAAGUGCAUGUUAAAAAUGUGAUAUUCUAAAUAACUUUAAUUGCACUUAUUUUAAGUGUUUUAUGUUAUAACCUUUUGGUAGAGUUACCAAGAAGAUUUUUAAGCUGUGAGUAUUGGAAGCAGCAGAGCUUAGUAGUUUUUCCAUCAUCCUGAUCCAGUGGCCUUCUAAGGCAUUUGGUGAAAGAUGUUCAUGUCUUCAUCAAUUGGUCUAUACUGUGAUGUAGAGGAGUGUAAUGAUGUAUACUGAAGUACUGGGCAGUGAAAUGUAUGUUAGAUGAGUUUUGAUAUGUACUGGGCAGUGAAUUGUAUGUUAGGUGAGUUUUGAUAUGUACUGGGCAGUGAAUAGUAUGUUAGAUGAGUUUUGAUAUGUACUGGGCAGUGAAAUGUAUGUUAGAUGAGUUUUGAUAUGUACUGGGCAGUGAAUUGUAUGUUAGAUGAGUUUUGAUAUGUACUGGGCAGUGACAUGUAUGUUAGAUGAGUUUUGAUAUGUACUGUGCAGUGAAAUGUAUGUUAGAUGAGUUUUGAUAUGUACUGGGCAGUGAAUUGUAUGUUAGAUGAGUUUUGAUAUGUACUGGGCAGUGAAUUGUAUGUUAGAUGAGUUUUGAUAUGUACUGGGCAGUGAAUUGUAUGUUAGAUGAGUUUUGAUAUGUACUGGGCAGUGAAAUGUAUGUUAGAUGAGUUUUGAUAUGUACUGGGCAGUGAAUUGUAUGUUAGAUGAGUUUUGAUAUGUACUGGGCAGUGAAAUGUAUGUUAGAUGAGUUUUGAUAUGUACUGGGCAGUGCAUUGUAUGUUAGAUGAGUUUUGAUAUGUACUGGGCAGUGAAUAGUAUGUUAGAUGAGUUUUGAUAUGUACUGGACAGUGAAAUGUGACCCAUUAACCUAGGUUAGGACUCGUUAACCUUGAAUGGGAUGCGUUAACCUUGGAUGGGAUUCAUUAACCACUGAUAGAACUCGUUAACCUUGAGUGGGACUUACUAACCUUUGAUGGCAACUCGUCUAAGAGAAGGCAAACUCUGAAUUCAAACCCAGAGAUGGAGUGCCAAAGACAGUAUAACAUUUACACAAGAAAAUUCUGAAAACUAACUUUUGCUUUGCUACUGGUGCCAUGAUGUUCCCUUGGGUUAUCCAGAUGCUUAGAGAGAGGUGAUUUGCUGUCUAAGGAACCCGCUUAUUCUAGUCAAGAAAAAUCUCACUACUCCUGAGGACUGCAUAAAUUAUGAUGUAAAGAUGCCAAACAAAAAAAUAAAUAAUACCAAUGAGAAAACACAUCACAUCUUUCUUGCCCAGUACUUCAUUACAUAUCAACACACUCCUCUACCACACAUUUCCCUGCCCAGUACAUAUCAACACACUCCUCUACCACAUAUUUCCCUGCCCAGUACAUAUCAUCACACUCCUCUACCAUGUAUUUAAAAACUUUUUAAAAAAUGGCAACCUAAUGCCCCCAAGACUAUAACUUGUAUAUAGAGACCGACCGAAAGUGGUUUUCUGAUUUCGGCCGAAGCCGAAAAUAGGUCGAAAGUUUAAAAUGACUUUCGACCGAAACCGAAAAAAUGCCGAAAGUUUAAAAAUGACUUUCGGCCGAAACCGAAAAAAGGCAGAAAGUUAAAAAUGAAUUUCGGCCGAAACCGAAGCCGAAACCGAAAAUGAAAUAUUAAGAUAUUUUGAAAUUCGUUCCCGCAUACAUUCUGCAUUAAUCGAAAAUGAUGUGAGAAAGUAUAAAUAUUUAAAUUCUUUUUAUAAAAAAUGAGAUAAUCGUGAAUAUUAAUAAAUAAACAUCUAAUAUAAGGGUCUCAAACUCGCGGCCCGCGAGCCAUUUGUGUCCCGCAAGACGAUAUUUUGCAGCCCGUGACAGAAAAGUUUAGUGUAAAUGCGCCGGCCCAUUUCCCCCAUUCUCAUAUCUAUAACGUGACUCUCCGCGACGGUUUCAGUCGAAUUUCACAGACUAGUCUAAUUCUGAUUUUUUUUUUUUAUGUUUCUAUAUUUUUUGUAUGCCAGGUCUCUGGCAACAGUGAGUAGUUCUUGAGAACCCUUAAUGAUUUUAUUGUUAUUUAUAAAGGUUGAGCAGAAUGUAACAGUUGUAAUCGCUUUUUUGUGUGGAUUACUUGAUGCAGCCCACUCUCAUUCAGACACUACCUCCUGUGCCCCCCUCCCCCCAUGAUUUGAGUUUGAGACCCUUGAUCUAAUGAAUACUUUGGAUUUUACCAUUUUAAUAUCAAAGUAAUUUAAAUUGCUUUACAAUUUUUUUUUUAAAUUAGUGUGGUAGAUAAAAUUUGGCAAAAAUUGGGGAGGGGGGGAGGAGGGGAAAUAAUGCAAAAUAUUAUUUUAAAAAAAACAGGGUCUCUAUAAUAUGUGGUUCUAAAAUAUCGCUUAAUUUGUUUUUAAAGAUCAUUUAGUUGCUUGUUAUUGAUCGGUUAGUUUCUUCUUAAAGAUCGCUUAGUUUGUUGUUAAAGAUCGCUUAGAGUGUUGUUAAAGAUCGCUUAGAGUGUUGUUAAAGAUCAUUUAGUUUGUUGUUAAAGAUCGUUUAGUUUGUUGUUAAAGAUCGUUUAGUUUGUUGUUAAAGAUCGUUUAGUUUGUUGUUAAAGAUCGUUUAGUUUGUUGUUAAAGAUCGUUUAGAGUGUUAUUAAAGAUCGUUUAGAGUGUUGUUAAAGAUCAUUUAGUUUGUUGUUAAAGAUCGUUUAGUUUGUUGUUAAAUAUUGUUUAGAGUGUUGUUAAAGAUCGUUUAGUUUGUUGUUAAAGAUAGUUUAGUUUGUUGUUAAAGAUCAUUUAGUUUGUUGUUAAAGAUCGCUUAGUAUGUUGUUAAAGAUCGCUUAGUUUGUUGUUAAAGAUCGCUUAGUUUGUUGUUGAAGAUCGCUUAGUUUUUUCAUAAAGAUCGCUUAGUUUGUUCUUAAAGAUAAUUAAUUUUUUUCCUUAAGAUCUAUUAGUUUGUUCUUAAAGAUCUUUUAGUUUGUUCCUAAAUAACAUUUAGUUUUCUGUUAAAGAUCGCUUAGUUUAUUCUUAUAAAUCAUUUAGUUUACUGUUAAAAAUCAUUUGUUUUGUUCGUAAAGAUCAUUUAGUUCGGUCUUAAAAAUCGUUUAGUUUGUUCUAUAAGAUCGUUUAGUUUGUUAUUAAAGAUCGCUUAGAUUGUUCUUAAAGAUCGCUUAGUUUGUUUUAAAGAUCGUUUAGUUUGUUCUUAAAUGUCCCUUAGUUUGUUGUUAAAUAUCGUUUAGUUUGUUCUCAAAGAUCGCUUAAUUUGUUCUUAAAUGUCGCUUGGUUUGUUGUUAAAUAUCGCUUUCGCUGAGUAUUAAAUGACCGAAAACCUUAGUAUCUGGCCGAAAGUCUAAGUCAAUUUCGGCCGAAACCGAAGAAAAACCGAAAGUUAUUUUUUCUCUUUCGGCCGAAACCGAAAUUAAGCCGAAAGUUAACUUUUCAGUUUCGGCCGAAACCGAAACUUGGCCGAAAGUGAUAAAAUGGCCACUUUCGGCGCCGAAACCGAAGCCGAAGCCGAAAUUCGGUCGGCCUCUACUUGUAUAUAAAUCUUCCAAUGAUUUAUGCAGUUCUCUGACUUAUUUAGUUCAAGGGGAGACAGCAAGAUGUUGAUAGAUUAUAUGAAUAUAAUCUAAUUUGUCAUUUGAUUGUUGCAGGUGAAAGUUGCUAAAGACCUCAACAUUCAGCUUCCUACUGGCAUCCUGUGAUUUAAUAAUAGACCAUUAUGUCUCUAAGAAACAAGGGGGACAAGUGGUGAGAGGGCAGAAUACAGAUUCAAAGUCAUUCAAUGCAGGAUUAGCAGUUAAAUAAUUAAUAGAAAACAAAUGUUGAAAAUUUGUUUAGGUCUAGAAACUAUGUUUGCUUGAUGGCAUGAUAUCCUGUGUUACUUUUGUCCUAAUAAAUGUUACUUAAGGGACAUAAUCCUAAUACGAAAUGUUUCCCUGAAUGGUGGUCAUAUAAACCCCCCCCCCCCAAAAAAACCUAAAAAUUAAAAAAAAAAACAUUUUUUUUUCAAAAUUGAAUCCGCAAUGUUUUACAUUUGUACCUACAAUCAUUGAAAUCAUUGAGAUGAUUGGAACAAACAUUUGUACCCACAAACUAUGAGAUGUUUGGAUCAUCUGCAUACAGAAACACUGUCGCAGCUGUAUUACAUUUCCUUUGCAUAUUGUAAGGGAUUUUAAAAAUGAUGUACCAGCAAUAAUUCACAAUGAUAUAAAUGAACAAGCUUCACCCUAGGAUAUUAUCUAGACACACCAUCAACAACUUCAAUAUGAUCUAGACACGCCAUCAACAACUUCAAUAUUAAAUAAUGUAAAAAUGUCAGGCAUUCAUAUAAUGUUUUUUAAUAAUAUUAACCAGUAAUUUAUUACUAUGAGUCAAGCGUGAUGUAUUUCCUUACAUCUUAAAAGACUUAUAGAAUUUAUUCAUUAGCUUUUCAUUCAUGACCUGCUUUGAAGCCCUCACUGCCAAUAGACAACGUAACAAUGUGUUCACUCAAAGAUGUUUCCUCAAUUGUAGUUGUUAACCAAUUUGACCCAAACUUCAUAACCAUGCCAAAUAUUUCAAUCUUGAAGUUUGAAUGUAACGUGUGUUAGUUUUGUUAUGUUGGGUGAUGGAAGUAAACCAAGGAUGUUGAAAUUAAAUCCAUGAUGUUGAAAGUAAACCAAUGUUGUUGAAAGUAAAUCACUGAUGUAGUUGCAAUGAUGUUAUAUGAUGAAAGUGCCAUUAGCUAGUUUAAGUUUUAUUUAAUAGGGUUAGUUUAAUCCUUCGGUAGUCUCUCUGGCAAGGUAAAUGAUGGCUUUCUGUCCAGAUUUUCACACUACAGUGGUAUUUUUCAGUUGAUAGAGCUAUUUCUCAAUGCUGGUUGUCAAUGAUUCAUGCACAUGCCAAGAUCACUCUGUUAGGCCUCUCUUUAUUCCCAUGGGUUUUUUUCUUCAUCCCUUUGAACAGAAUUUCCUGGUAUUAGUUGGACUUUUAUCUUAGGUCACCUUCAUCAUUUUUAAAUAGCAGUAGUUGGAACUAUAGUUGUGAUGUAUAUAUUUUUUUUUAAAUGGCAGAUCAUGAGAACAUGAGCCAAGUGUAUUCUUUAACUUCCAGAGUGCUUGUUUAUGAUUUUAUGAUAAGGAGUUGUGUGUGUCAGCCAUCAGUUGUAAAACAAUUGAUUCAUCUGUAUGUCUUUCAUGGUCCCAAUGUUGAUCAUACCAAUUACACAUGUUUAAGUUUGGUGCAUAGUCUAUGUAUGAAUACGAGUAACAUUCACAUGGACCAUCUGUUUUAACCACUUUUACUUGUCAUCCCCUGUUUCUGUCCAUUGAGGCAAGUUUUAAUUUGAUCAAAUAACAUUUUUCAAAAUAAUUAAGGCUUCCCAAUAAAUUGAUAAAAUGCAGAUAGGUCAAACAUUUUGGAGAACUUAAUUAGUUUGGAGGCUAUUUCUAGACUAUUUGAAAAAUUUAACUUCAGUGUAAUUGUUUGAACAUCUAAGUAAGUUAACUGAAAUUUGAUUUUGUAAUAUGCCAGGUGGGGAAAUGAUUUUACACUACAAUUUAGCAGUUACAUUUUUAUUGAAAUAGAUUUUUAAUUUGUUUUGAAUGAUUCAUUACAAUAGAAGUAUUGGGAAAAACAAAAUCAAUGCAUCUGGUAAUUAAUGCCAUCAAUAAACCUUUGUGCAUAAAUAAAUUUGGUAAUUAAUGCUAUCAGAAAUCUACUUCUGAAGUUUUAGAAAAUAUAGUGAACACAUAGAGUUGGAGGACUGGGUUGACAUUGCAUCAGUAUUUAGGUUUGGUUUUUUAAACAAGAGAUUUUACAACUUGAAUUUGUUAGAAUGUUUUUGUGUUUGAAUAUUUUUUCCAGUAUAAUGGAAAUAAUGGUGUACAUGUUUUUACGUUAAUUCAGCUGGAUGUACAGAAGCCAUUCACGAAGCAGUUGCCACCGGCCAUAUAUGCAGGGCGUAAAUAUCGAUUGCUUAGUUCCUAUAGAUUAUUCUAAUCCUGCCUACCCAGCUUGGUCUAAUCCUGUAUAUCCUGAUUAUUGUAUUUCUGCGUACCCCAAUCUGGUCCCUGAGAUCUAUCAUUCUCCAUCAGAAGUAUGGGACUCUGUGUAACAAGCAAUGUACAUAACAAACUGAUUUCAUCAUGUCAAUUAAAUAAUCCAUAAACGAAGAAAUUGUUUGAAGAAAUUGUUUGACCACUUCAUACAUACAAUGUUUUUUUGUUCUAUUCAAAUUUGAAAUAAACAGUUAUCAAAAUGAAAACAUCAA